UCAGGCUUCAGUUUUCAUAAUCUUUGCCGAGGGCGGCGCGGGGUAUAUGUUUGGUCAGUGCCCCUCGCGUUGCGGAAUUGAGUGAUCGUGUAUUUCGCUCCUUCCUCCUAAAUAAAUAAAUAUAAUUGGUACAGCAAAUUAUAUUUAAUUGACUUGCUUAUAGCCAUGGUUUACUGGACUCUUGCUAGUUUGAUGUAAUGUGAGAAAUAUUUGAAAUAUUUCGACCAGGGGACGAAGAUAGCUCCAAGAACAAUGUCCGCGCUGUGGCUACUGCUGCUCCUGGUGGCAGCUAGUGCCGCUGACGAGGCCUCUGACCCACAGGGUCUUCCGGAGUCUACACCAGAGCCGGUAAUAAUCAACGAUGGAGACUACACAGUGUACGUUGGAAGCUGGACCGAUUGCACUGCGGGGGACGGAGAUCAUACUAAAACUAUUGAAAGGUUCAACAUACGCCUAGAAGCCGAUUCCCUCGUCCAUACACCACGGCUGGGUCUCCAGAGGCGGCAAGUACAGUGCCGUCGAAAAGAUGGCAGCUUCGUCGAGCCAUUGUAUUGCGGGAUAGCCAUAGCAAAUGUCGGCACAACACGAGUCUGUGUGAUGAAGGAAGACUGUUCCUUAGCGGAGUGGUUGCCAUGGAGACCUCGCUCCGAUGGAGCGCUCGUGCGAACUCGACGCCUACGGAGAUUGCCACAAGGUGGAGGCAAGGAAUGCGAAGUGGUGGAAGAAGUACGGCCGGCUGUUUUGGAAGCCAGUGCCCACUGGACACCUGGACCCUGGGGUCCUUGCCGCGUCGCUGUGGAGCAACCCGCUACGGCUGCACCCGACGAUGAUGACGACGACGCUGACGACAACGACGCAAUCUACGAUGAAGACGAUGAAUCCGACGAAACUGACAAAGACACCGAGUCGAGCUGCGGUGGCGGGGUGCAGAGACGUGAGGCGACGUGCGUGCGCGCAGACGGGCGAGCGUUACAUCCAGCCCAAUGUGCUCAUGCGCAGAUGCCUACGUUGGUUCAGCCUUGCGAGGUGCCUUGCCCUCGUGAUUGUGAAGUUGGCAAGUGGAGUGACUGGGGAGCAUGUCAACCAACGGACGGAUGCCCUCUGUUUCCAGUGCAACAAUUAACCACUACAGGUUAUAGCGUCCGCCGUCGUCGCGUCACAGCCGCUGCCUCUGGAGGAGGAGCGCCGUGUCCUCCUCUAGAAGAAAAGCGUACCUGUAGCACACCACGCUGCGCGGCCUGGAAGGCCUUACCCUGGGGACCUUGCGUGCUGAACCAACCUCAUACCACUUGCGGCCCUGGCAGACGUCUUAGAGAACUCCGUUGCAUAGGACAUGAUGGAAAAGAAGCACAGCGUGCGUGGUGUGGCAACGGUGCUCCAGCGAGAAGCGAAAAGUGUCGCAUCGCAUGCGCGGGCGACUGUGUCGUGUCCUCCUGGGGCACGUGGUCCCCGUGCUCAGCGCCUUGCGUCGCUCCCGGACAUUCCAGGCCCACUAGGACUAGACGAAGACAUAUACUUGCUCAUGCUGCACCGAACGGUUGGCCUUGCCCAUCGGAAGACCAACUGAUACAGAACGAAACAUGUAACACCCACGCUUGCGCUACUUACUCCUGGCUGGCAACGCCAUGGGGGCCGUGUGAGAGACGACGACAGGACUACAUGCCGGUCACUAAUUACACGGACUUAUUGGAUAGUGAAACAUUUAAUGAAAGCGACGACGAAGAGCCGUGUAUCGAAGAAGGGGAGAUGAAUAGGGACGUAAUGUGUGUCCAGAACAACGCGGACGUCGUCCGUGAAGCCUUAUGCGCACCUCUCCGUCGGCCGGCAUCUCGGCGCGCCUGCACUGUGAGGUGUCGUCGCGGAUGUAGAGUCGAAGCCUGGAUGCCGUGGUCGCCGUGUCCUAAUACUUGUGAUCCAGGCAAACAAGUACGAGUCCGCACAGUGCAUGGCGGUCCAAACUGUGGGCCACUGCAAGAGUCGCGCGACUGUCCUGUCGCACGAUCGUGUCGCUCCCGGGACGCGACAUGGGUCGCUGGCGAAUGGAGCACUUGCAGACUGCCACCAGGCCAACAUUGUGGUGUCGGCUAUAGGAUUAGAAGUAUAUGGUGCGGGUCGGACUCGCACCGCGUGGAGGCGGGCGCGUGCGCGGGGCAGCUGGUGCCGCCCAGCGUGGCUCCGUGCACUGUCACCUGUGACGUCCUGCCUCCGCUUACCUGUGACGUCAUCUGCGCAGAUACCCUGAAAUAUCUGGACGCCUCUGACCCAGAUAUACCAUCAUGCAUUUGUAAAAACGUUUCACUUGAACUUUUGCCAGCUGAUUCUGACUGCAUUCUUCCACCAGGUAUCGAAUGCGGUGAAGGCAGAUCAUUAAGAGCAGCUCGGUGUUUGGUCGGUGGUCGCGACGUGCCAAUGGAUGUCUGCAAAAAAUACCAUCCUCUUACCGGUCCUCGACGUGUCCGUGAAGCAGUCACAGAUGGGUUCACAUACGAUGAAGAAUUCGGAUCUCUACUCCGAGGCACUUGCACUGUCCACUGUGCGAGGGACUGUGCUGUGGGCGCGUGGGCUGCUUGGGGACCCUGUGCUGCUGAGCCUGGCUCUAGAGCGGCCUUCAGGUUUCGCACUAGGGAAGUUAUAGAAGAGGGCUCGGCAGGCGGUCGAGAGUGUGGGGCGACGUUACAGCGCUCAACAUGUCUGGUGCCAGAGCCGCGCUGGUCUCUCAGCGAGUGGACCGUGUGCACUCCUCGCCGCGCGCUGUGUGGACGAGCGAUCAUUAACAGAACUGUCACGUGCAUAGACGCAGACGGCAAUGAGCUGGAGGACACGACGUGUGAAGCCUCGGGGGCCGGUCCCGCGCCGUCGCGCGAGGCCACCUGCCGCGCGCCUUGCCCUGCCGACUGCGUGGUCAGCACGUGGUCUGAGUGGAGUCCUUGUGAACUGACAAAAUGGGGCGGACGUCGAGACAGAACCCGUGUGGUACUACGCGCCGCGGACGAGGGCGGCGCGGCGUGCCCUCACCUCGUGGCUGCCGAGCCCUGCGCUCCUCAUACCUACUCCUGGCACAUCGCGCCCUGGGACGACUGCCAGCCCUUAGGAGGUUCGCCGUGUGGAGAAGGAACUAAAAAGAGAUCAGUGCGAUGUCUUCGAAGCGACGGAGUUUUUGUGAAUGAUUCUUACUGUCCCAACGCAACAGCGUCCGAAGCCCGGGAGUCGUGGUGCUAUGUGCCGUGCGGCGUGGAUUGCGAGGUUGGUGAAUGGGGUGCCUGGGACGCCUCCGCGUGUUCGUGCGGAGACGCCUCUACUGCGCGGCACAUGCGACGCUUGAGGCAACAUUUGACUGCGGCAGUGUGGCCGGGACGCGCGUGCCCGACGACGGAACAACGUGCGCCGUGUCCGCGAGAGCCCUGCUUACGACUGGUUGCUAGACCACUUCUGGGCUGCCAUGUACAGACAUCGUCAGGCGAAGAAGCGGACAACGCUUGCGGUUGGGGCGUCAAACUGUCUCACGCUCGAUGUGAACUCACCAGCGUCUCCGAUGAGCCAACAUCCGAAGCUUAUCUAGAACCUUGGCGGUGUGCGUCAGCUUUACCCGGUCGCAUCGUAGCACCGCCUUUGCAUCAUCAGGAAGACGAAGAAUGUGAAUCUGAGUGUGGUUGCAAGGAGUCGGAACUAGGCCAGCCUGGACCGUGGGGCUCCUGGGGACCGUGCCGUGGCGGCGCUCGAUCCCGCACCCGGCAACUGCUUGUACCACCGCGACGAGCUUGCAGAACUUCUUCGAGAUACAUAACAAUUGAAUGGGCCAAUUGCACUGGGGAAGCGGACGAAAUUCCCGACUUGCUCGCUGUAGAACCACGGGAGGAGAAACCACGUCGCGCCUGGCUUGGCCGCGAUCGCGACCACGACGUCUACCAUGACGGAUACAUUGAGGGAACAAGUUCAGUAUUGGCAGUGGUGUGGACAGCAACUAUUUUCCUUAGUUUGUACGGCGCAUUCAUGCUUUAUCGUGGAGUACUCAGGUGCUUAAGAAGUAGGAAAAUGAAAUCUGUUACCAAAGUUUAAGACAACUAUGACUUGAACAAUAUUGGCUACAGCUUCUCCUGGAUGUGCGAUUCCGCAGUUUCAGGUUCAUCACGUCGUCACGGAUUUUUGACUUUGUUACCUGUUUUAUUAUUACAUUCCAUAAUUUGUUUUUUUUUUUUGUUAUUUAUUCUUAGGAUAGUAUGUUAUUUCGAACUUUAAUACAAUUUAUUAUUAACAGAUAUUAUACGAUGUGAAACAUCAUUUUUUUCUUAAAAAAUAUUUCAUGUUAUUUCACUGUGCGAUUAAAAUACUCAACUGUAAACUGUAACCGUAUCAUAUCAGAAAAUAGUUCUUAUCACUAAAAUUACACGGUAUAAUACUUACAUGUGUUUGGGUAAUAUGAAUGUAACAGCCAGCGAUCAGUCUGUCCGCAUGAGUGCUUCCAUGUUUUUACGACGUAUAUGAAUAUGCUAAUUUAGACGAUUUUUACGACAUUUUCAUGCGAAAAUAAUAUAGCCGCGACUCGACGGGGCUUUACGGAUUGACAAUAUUACUAGCUCUGGCUACACUAGUAGCUUUAGAAUUCGUCUUACUUAGCUUAGAAAUGGUCGAAAGUAUUAUGAGAUUAGGGUGAGACUCCAAAUUGUUGAUUGUAACUUUUAUUUAUUCAACAAAAACAACAGUUUAUCAAGUAAUAACUUCGUGUUUACUGCGAUCAGCUACAGCUUUAUUUUGCUAAAAUAUUUAAAAAUCUCGGUCUAUAAAAUAAGUUUUAUCAAAGAAUUAUAUUUUGAUAUGAAAUAAAUGCUAUUUUUAAGCCAAUCAAACUAUUUAUUGCACAAGUAGUCCUAAUUAUUUAUUUCUGUUUUGAUUUUUGUUAAAAUUAAGUUUUAAUUUUAAAAGGAAAGAAUAUUCUGAGGAACUGUAUUAAAUAAGAUUUGCAAGACUAGUCAAUAGCGACCAAAACAGACGUAACACAUCAUUUAUAACAUAUCAGUGUUAAAUAUAAAUCGUCUUAAUGAAACUAGGUCGUCAUCAGAAGUAGACUUCAUGCCCAUUGUCGAUAUUAUACCAAUGCUUACAAGUAUCAUCAACAACUCUUAGGGCUUUGGCGCACAAAAUUAAUGUAACGAUAGAUUUUAAGCGCUAAUAUUCCCCAUGGUAAUAUUUGGUCAUAAUCAUGUAUUACACUUUUCGUAGAUUUUGCAUUUAAGCCCAUGUAUUGUGUCAAGUAUGUAUUUAUGAUGUGAGUGUGUUCUUCGUGCUUACUUCUUUCGUAAGAUUUAAGAUGUUUUCAUUCUUUUCUUGAUUUCAUUCCUAUGUAUCUUUCAUUUCAUCGUCAAAUAAUUUUAUCCUAUGAUGAUUUGUAAAACAUAAAAUGCUACCUGCCUCUCGACUGUUAUUAAUAUUUUCUAUAAAUUCUAUUUUGUAUCUGAUAUAUUUAUCUACAUCUUGUUCCUUCAUGACAAUAUGGAUUAAGAAAACUCUUAUUAACUUUUACAUUGUACUAUAAACUGUAUUAUAAAAUUUUAGUUCGUAACAAUUAUGUGAUACAUUUGCUAUAUUUUUAACCAUUCU